AUGCAGAUGGGGUAGGUGACUACUUAAUACGACUUAACGUUUAAUAUCAUCAAUGGAUGGAUCACCUAAAUCCGUCAAAACAUGCAUUAACGCCGUUAGUUCUAGCAAGUAAGCAGUCCCCCACACUCAAUUCCCACUCUUUGCUCCACUCACUCACUCACUCAUUUCAUUUGCCUCUGGCUACCACUUGCCUUAGCUUCUUUCUCAUCCACCUCUACUAUGGAUUCCAUCAAUCCUAUCCACUGUUUUUCUUCAACAUUGGUUCUCACAGUUGUAAUAUUAGUGUUUUUGAACCCGGUUAUGGCGACUUCAAUUGGAGUUAACUACGGUCAGAUAGCUGAUAAUCUUCCUCCUCCAGAAAAAGUGGUUCCCUUAGUCAAGUCCAUGGGAGCAACCAGAGUGAAACUAUACGAUGCUGAUCCACAUGUACUCAAAGCCUUUGCGAAUUCCGGUGUUGAGUUCAUCAUUAGUCUUGGAAAUGAGCAUCUCUCCGAUAUGAAGGAUCCUGCUAAAGCUCAGGUUUGGGUUAAAACCAAUGUCCAAGCCUAUUUACCUGCGACAAAAAUCACCUGCAUUGCUGUCGGAAAUGAAGUGCUCACUUUUAACGACACUUCACUCUCCGACAAUCUACUCCCCGCGAUGGAAAACGUUUACGCUGCUCUUGUUAACUGUAACUUAGACAAGCAAGUGAGUGUUACUACCGCUCAUUCUGUUGCAAUUCUUGAGACUUCGUAUCCCCCGUCUGCUGGAGCUUUCCGUAGAGAUCUAGUGAAGUGUAUUACUCAGGUUUUGGACUUCCAUUGUAAAACUGGCUCGCCUUUUUUGAUCAAUGCAUAUCCUUAUUUUGCAUACAAGGCAGAUCCGAAGCAGGUGCCGCUCGAUUUUGUGCUCUUUCAAUCUAAUCAGGGGAUUUUGGAUCCUGCGACCAAUCUUCGUUAUGAUAACAUGCUUUUCGCUCAAAUUGAUGCGGUUCACUCUGCUUUAGCUUCAAUUGGCUAUAAAAACAUGUGCGUCCAGAUCUCGGAGACAGGUUGGCCAUCGAAGGGAGACGCAGACGAGCUCGGAGCAACACUAGAUAACGCAAGGAAAUACAAUUGCAAUCUUAUCAAACUGGUCAGUCAAAAGAAGGGAACUCCAUUGAAACCUAACAACAACUUGAACAUAUACGUCUUUGCCUUGUUUAAUGAGAACUUGAAGCCUGGCCCUACAUCUGAGCGCAAUUACGGCCUUUUUAAGCCUGAUGGUUCACCAUCGUAUCCGUUAGGAUUCUCUGGAAUUAAUGCCGGUGGCAGUACUAAUAGUAGCUCUGGUAGUAGUCCUAAAGCCGCUGGCAGUGGUAGUUCCUCAACACCGACGUCGUGGUCACCGCAGGAUGGGAGUUCCUCAUCUGGCUAUAUGUCCAUUACUUCUGAUUCUGGAAGAGUUCUAUUUUGCUGGAAAUCCUUGAUUCUUCAACUCCACAUAAUUGGUUUAAUUUCACUGCUUUUUCCCCAACUGUAAACUCUAUUGUUGAGUGCUGUGGUAAAAGCCAUAUAUAUUGGCCCUUUGGACAUAGCUAGUUGCCAUUUUAUUCUUU